CGGGAGCUGAAGGAGCAGCUCCAGGGGCUGCAGGAGAGCGAGCGCGGCCACACCGAAGCCCUGCACCUCCUCAAACGGCAGCUGGCUGAGACCAAGUCCUCAGCCAAGAGCCUGCGGGUGACGAUCGGGGAGGCUUUCGAGCGGCUGCACCGGCUGCUGCGGGAGCGGCAGAAGGCGAUGCUGGAGGAGCUGGAGGCGGACACGGCGCGGACGCUGACCGACAUCGAGCAGAAGAUCCAACGCUACAGCCAGCAGCUCCGCAAGGUGCAGGAGGGCAGCCAGAUCCUCCAGGAGCGCUUGGCCGAAGCCGACAAACACGUCUUUUUAGCCGGCGUCGCGUCCCUUUCCGAGAGGCUGAAGGGGAAGAUCCACGAGACCAACCUGACCUACGAGGACUUUCCCACCUCCAAAUACAUGGGGCCGCUGCAGUACACCAUCUGGAAAUCCCUUUUCCAGGACAUCCAUCCUGGUGAGGGGCACGGGGGUGGGAUUGGGGGCGGUUCAUGCACGGCUCACCACCGCCUGAUCCUCUCCGACGACUGCACCAUCGUGGCGUACGGCAACCUGCACCCCCAACCGCUGCAGGACUCUCCCAAACGCUUCGACGUGGAGGUCUCGGUCUUGGGUUCGGAGGCGUUUGGCGGCGGGGUCCACUACUGGGAGGUGGUGGUCUCCGAGAAGACCCAGUGGAUGAUCGGUUUGGCCCACGAAGCCGUCACCCGCAAAGGCAGCAUCCAAAUUCAACCCAGCCGAGGGUUUUACUGCAUCGUCAUGCACGACGGGAACCAGUACAGCGCCUGCACCGAGCCCUGGACCCGGCUCAACGUCAAGAGCAAGUUGGAGAAGGUGGGGGUCUUCCUGGACUACGACAAGGGACUUCUCAUCUUCUACAAUGCCGACGACAUGUCCUGGCUCUACACCUUCCGGGAGCGCUUUCCCGGCAAGCUCUGCUCUUAUUUUAGCCCCGGGCAGAGUCAUGCCAACGGCAAGAACGUCCAGCCCCUCCGGAUCAAUACCGUCCGCAUCUAA